CUGCCAGAGGCUGCUCACCAAAAGUCUCCUUCAGAAGAGCAACUAGGAAUGGCCACCCCACCCGUCGUGAUGAUCCAGCCGCAGCACGGCAUGGCCGUGCCCGCUGUCUCCAGGAGCAUGUGGCAGACGGGGCUGAUGGACUGCUGUACCGACUGCAGCGUCUGCUGCUGCGGGAUGUUCUGCUUCCCCUGCCUCGCCUGCCAAGUGGCUGGGGACAUGAAUGAGUGCUGCAUGUGCGGGACCAGCAUGGCCAUGAGGACCCUCUACCGCACCAGAUACAACAUCCCGGGAUCCCUUUGCUCAGACUGGUGUGUCACCAUGUGGUGCCUCGUCUGCUCCGUUUGCCAAAUUAAGAGAGACAUCAACCGGAGGAGGCAGCUGGGCAUAUUCUGGUAA